AAUAUAGUACUCCGCACCGGAUAAAUAGCACAUUGCUACUUGGCAAUGCGUUGUGUAUCGAGACCCCAACUCUGGUAUUAGCCGCGACCAGGCCCUCGGCGUCGUAACCGAACUUCCUGCCACCCACAUGAGCAAGGAGAUGGGUCGUAAUUCGCCAAUGGUCGGUUCCAUCGCAGCACGGUCGUACGGAUUCUUAAAGAUCCAGGUUUUCGGAUCGCUUCCAUGACGAUAUCGAUGUCCGGAUAUCAUUCAGGUCCAACAGCCUCGCUUGGAGAAUUGGGGUAGCCAAGGGCAUACAUACCGGAUUCAAGGUGCCAUUGUAGUCAGACAGGAUGCAUAAAUGAGGCUGCUCUCCCCGGGCUCACAUCGUCCAGUUGCUAUUUGACACUGUCACGCAUCUUGUGCUGUAACCUGUCAACACCAUGCAUCGCCUACUCGUGCUCUUGGCUGCAUCAUUGCCCUUGUGCUCGGCUCAGCUAAAUCUACAAGCGAAGAAGGCUGGGCUCAAGUACUUCGGUGCGGCGACCGACACUCCCGGACAGCGUGAGAGGGCAAACCAGACCGCUGCAUAUCCUCAAUACGAUGCUAUUUUGAGAGACCACAGUGAAUUUGGGUCGACAACUCCCACCAAUGGACAGAAGUGGAUCUUCACCGAGCCGGAGCAAGGUGUAUUCAACUUCACAGAGGGCGACAUUGUUACCUCAAUCGCUCAGGAGAACCAUCUGAUCCAACGAUGCCAUGCACUGGUCUGGCACAGCCAACUGGCCCCUUGGGUCGAGGCCCAGAACUGGACCGCUGAGGCCUUGACCGAAGUGGUCGUGAACCACAUCACCAACGUCAUGGAACAUUACAAGGGAAAAUGCUAUGCUUGGGAUGUUGUCAAUGAGGCUCUCAACGAGGACGGAACUUACCGGGAGUCGGUAUUCUACAACACACUUGGUGAGGACUUCCUCAAGCUUGCCUUCAGCACAGCGGCCAAGGUCGACCCGGACGUCAAGCUCUAUUACAACGACUACAACAUCGAGUCGCCUGGUAAUAAGAGCGAAGGCGCACUGCGCAUUGUCAAGCUGCUGCAAGACGACGGCAUUAAGAUCAACGGUAUCGGGAUGCAGGCACACUUUGUUGCUGGUCGAUCACCGACACUUGACCAGCAAAUUUCCGUCAUCCAGUCGUAUGGCGCUCGCGGACUUGAGGUUGCGUACACAGAGUUGGACGUGAGAAUCUAUCUACCACUGAACGACACUGGCAUAGAGUGGCAGAAGGAAGCGUAUAGAGAUGCUGCCAGCGCUUGCGUCCAAACCGAGGCCUGCAUCGGAAUGACCAUCUGGGACUUUUAUGACCCAUUCAGUUGGGUACCGGCUGUUUUCCCUGGUCAAGGCAAUCCCCUGUUAUGGUUCGAGGACUUCACCAAGCAUCCCGCUUACUAUGGGGUGAUCGAGGCUUUCAAGAACAAAACAGGUGACAAGCCUUGCAAGACGAAGGAUCACCCAAGGGAUUUCGGUAAAAGCAACAAAUUAUUUUGAUAAUGAUAGAGUAAAGAUAUCAAAUCUUCUUUGCCGAAACUUGCUGUACAUAAGCGCGAUUGCAAAGAAAGACGUUAACAAAUGGCUUGUGGAACUCAAUUGAAUCCCUG